CGCACAGGCCCGGGGGCGCCUCAAGGCCGGCAGCAGCGUGAUGGCGGAGAAGGCGCUGGAGGCCGUGGGCUGUGGACUAGGACCUGGGGCUGUGGCCAUGGCCGUGGCGCUGGAGGAUGGGGCGGAGCCCCCUAUGCUGACCACACACCUGAAGAAGGUGGAGAACCACAUCACCGAAGCCCAGCGCUUCUCCCACCUACCCAAGCGCUCAGCCGUGGACAUCGAGUUUGUGGAGCUGUCCUAUUCCGUGAGGGAGGGACCCUGCUGGCGCAAACGGGGUUAUAAGACUCUCCUUAAGUGCCUAUCAGGUAAAUUCUGCCGUCGGGAGCUGAUUGGCAUCAUGGGGCCCUCAGGGGCUGGCAAGUCCACGUUCAUGAACAUCUUGGCAGGAUACAGGGAGUCUGGAAUGAAGGGGCAGAUCCUGGUCAACGGGAGGCCAAGGGAACUGAGGACGUUCCGAAAGAUGUCCUGUUACAUCAUGCAGGACGACAUGCUGCUGCCACACCUCACAGUGUUGGAAGCCAUGAUGGUCUCUGCUAACCUGAAGCUAAGUGAGAAGCAGGAGGUGAAGAAGGAGCUGGUGACAGAGAUCCUGACAGCACUGGGCCUGAUGUCCUGCUCCCACACGAGGACAGCUCUGCUCUCCGGAGGGCAGAGGAAGCGCCUGGCCAUCGCCCUGGAGCUGGUCAACAACCCACCUGUCAUGUUCUUUGACGAGCCCACCAGUGGUCUGGACAGCGCUUCCUGUUUCCAAGUGGUGUCCCUCAUGAAGUCCCUGGCCCAGGGGGGCCGUACUAUCAUCUGCACCAUCCACCAGCCCAGUGCCAAGCUCUUUGAGAUGUUUGACAAGCUCUAUAUCCUGAGCCAGGGUCAGUGCAUCUUCAAGGGCGUGGUCACCAACCUGAUCCCCUAUCUGAAGGGGCUCGGCCUGCACUGCCCCACCUACCACAACCCAGCUGACUUCAUCAUCGAGGUGGCCUCUGGCGAGUACGGAGACCUGAAUCCCCUGCUGUUCAGGGCUGUGCAGAAUGGGCUCUGUGCCAUGGCAGAGAAGAAGAGCAGCCCUGAGAAGAAUGAGGUCCCUGCCCCCUGUCCCCCUUGCCCUCCGGAAGUGGAUCCCAUUGAAAGCCACACAUUUGCCACCAGCACCCUCACACAGUUCUGCAUCCUCUUCAAGAGGACCUUCUUGUCCAUCCUCAGGGACACGGUCCUGACCCACCUGCGGUUUGUGUCCCAUGUGGUGAUCGGCGUGCUCAUUGGUCUCCUCUACCUGCACAUCGGUGACGAUGCCAGCAAGGUCUUCAACAACACGGGCUGCCUCUUCUUCUCCAUGCUCUUCCUCAUGUUUGCCGCCCUGAUGCCAACUGUGCUUACCUUCCCCUUAGAGAUGGCCGUCUUCAUGAGGGAGCAUCUCAACUACUGGUACAGCCUCAAAGCGUAUUACCUGGCCAAGACCAUGGCCGAUGUGCCCUUCCAGGUGGUGUGCCCGGUGGUGUACUGCAGCAUUGUGUACUGGAUGACAGGCCAGCCAGCUGAGACCAGCCGCUUCCUUCUCUUCUCAGCCCUGGCCACUGCCACGGCCUUGGUGGCCCAGUCUUUGGGGCUGCUGAUCGGAGCUGCCUCCAACUCCCUACAGGUGGCCACAUUUGUGGGCCCAGUUACCGCCAUCCCUGUCCUCUUGUUCUCCGGUUUCUUUGUCAGCUUCAAAACCAUCCCCACUUACCUGCAAUGGAGCUCCUACCUCUCCUAUGUCAGGUAUGGCUUUGAGGGUGUGAUUCUGACCAUCUACGGCAUGGAGCGAGGAGACCUGACCUGCUUGGAGGAACGCUGCCCUUUCCAGGAACCACAGAGCAUCCUCCGAGCUCUGGAUGUGGAGGAUGCCAAGCUCUACAUGGACUUCCUGGUCUUGGGCAUCUUCUUUCUGGCCCUGCGGCUGCUGGCAUACCUUGUGCUCCGUUACCGGGUCAAGUCAGAGAGAUAGAGCUUUGCCCUGGCCUGCGCCCCAGCCCCUGCAGCAGGAAGCCCCCGGCCCCAGCCCUUUGGGACUGUUUUAACCUUGUAGACUUGGGUCCCGGCUGCCGGUGCAGCCGCCCUCCCCUCUCUCAGCUCCUCCACAGGCUGGUUGUUGGGCUGCGCUCCCAGCUGUGGCCCUGGGGCUGGGGGUGCCAGGC